AAAGAUUACAAGACCAUUGGAGAUGCCGCCGAACUUCUUCUCGAGGCAGUCACGCGCGCGAAGCUUAAGGCGGUCGAAUUUCUCCCCAACUGCGGUUGAUGUCUGAAGCUGAUCGUAAUCUAUUCACCAUCUGUAUAGAUGCGGACAAGCUUAAAUUUGAUUACAGCUGGCUGCGCUCCGAAGAUAAACUCGCAGUCGUAGAAGACGCACUCGAAUCACUUUGCAAGUUCCUUGAUAACCAUCUGAACGGUGCUGCGAAAAAAUUGCGACAUGAUCCUUUCAAUUUGUUUGAGUGAGCGAAGGUCUGUGUUGUGAAGGACGGAAGGGUACGAACUACUUAGCGGAUUGUUACGAGCGUGCGC